GCGGCGGCGGCGGCGGCGGCGCGUGCGGGCCACAGCCACGACAAGAGCUGCGUGCUGUGCUGCCAGGAGCUGGAGGUCUACGCCUUGGGCAAGUGCGACCACUCGGUGUGUUACCGCUGCUCCACCAAGAUGAGGGUGCUGUGCGAGCAGAAGUACUGCGCCGUGUGCCGCCUGGAGCUCGACAAGGUUGUGUUUGUGAAGAAACUUGCACCAUUUGCAACGAUAAUGACCCAUCAGUUCCACCAUGAAAAGAAAUAUGACAUCUAUAUUGCCGAUGGGAGGAUUCUUGCACAGUUUAGGCAACUUCUGCAACAUGAAUGUCCAGUUUGUGUCGAGGCGAGACCUUUGAAUAGUUUCGAGGAACUUGAGCAGCACAUGAGAAAGCAGCACGAGAUGUUCAGCUGCAAGCUCUGUGCAAAACACCUUCAGAUUUUUACAUAUGAACGCAAAUGGUACAGUCGGAAGGAUUUAGCACGUCAUCGAAUACACGGUGAUCCGGAUGAUACCUCGCACCGCGGGCACCCCUUGUGCAAAUUCUGUGAUGACCGUUACUUGGAUAAUGACGAACUUUUGAAACAUUUGCGAAGGGACCACUAUUUCUGUCAUUUCUGUGAUUCCGAUGGUGCUCAGGAAUAUUACAGUGACUACGAUUAUCUUCGUGAUCAUUUUCGAGAGAAGCACUAUCUGUGUGAGGAAGGCCGUUGUAGCACCGAGCAGUUUACUCACGCUUUCCGCACAGAGAUUGACUACAAAGCGCAUAAAGCUGCCUGCCACAGCAAGAACCGAGCCGAAGCCCGGCAGAACAGGCAGAUAGACCUUCAGUUUAAUUACGCUUCCCGGCACCAAAGACGGAAUGAAGGCUUAGUGAGUGGAGAGGACUAUGAAGAAGUGGACAGGUUUAACCGAAGAGGAGGGGCACCUCAGAAUCGAGGACAGAAUCGAAGAGGAAGAUGGAAAUAUAAUCGAGAGGAAGAGGAUCGCGACGUCGCUGCAGCAGUUCGAGCAUCUAUAGCGGCACGGAGACAGGAAGAAAAGAAACAAGCUGCUUCAAAAGAAGAAAGUGAAACCAGUAAAAGUACCAAGGAUGAUAAAGAGAUUGAUGACGCUUAUAGCACCAAGGCUGUGACUAGACCACCAUCUGAAACUAUAGGUAACAAGGAGACCAGUAAAGGGCCUUCAAAGGAAGAGUCCAAAACGCUAUGUUCCACAGUUCCACUUAAGCAAAGUAAUCUGGCUGCUGUCCGCCUGAAUGAAGAGGAGUUUCCCAGCUUGUCUGCUUCAGCAACUUCGACAGCCACUGGGCUCACACCAGCCUACGUCUCUACAACCAAAAAGAACACUCCCUUUCAUGAGGAGGACUUUCCUGCGCUUGUGUCUAAGAUCAAACAAAAUAAGCCCUCACCAUCUGUAUCCGCCUGGACUAACGCCCCUGGUAAAAGUGUUCUGAAGGUAGUCCAUCCCAGCAGCACCGUUUCCAAUCGAGCUGUUAAAAAACCCUUACCAGUUAACGGCAACAAAGCAAGCGUAAAAAAUAAAUUGCCUUCGAGAUCCGAGGAGGUUGAAGACGACACUGGUGGGCUUACAGCUCAGGAGUUCAGGAGUACACCCACCAUGCUGGACAUCUCUUCCUUGUUAACUACUUCGACACAGAACAUCUCUAAAGUCGGGAAAAAGAAAAAGGUAGGAGGUGAAAAGCCAAGUUCCUCACCGCCUCUGCUGGUAACCGACCCCGUGGUCAGUAAAGCACAGAAGGAGAAUGUUCCCGAUCCAAAGCAGGACAAUGUGUUGGUCACCAGCGUGUUGAAUGGCCACACUGACAAACUGUGCUUGGAAACUCCAACAAGUGUACGCACCCUAAAGGAACCGCCGGGCUUUAAGCCGGUACAUGACCCAUGCCCUCUACCUGAAGAAGACUUUCCAGCACUGGGAAACCCAGUUUUACCAAGAAAGCCACCUCCAGGUUUUAACAGCUUAUUAGCAGUGAAGAGCCCACCAUCCAACCUUCCUCCUCCACCAGGAUUGUCCGCCCCCGUUAGUAAACCCCCUCCUGGCUUUACUGGUGUCCCUCUGAAUUCAAACAUCAGCGAGCCAGUGAUUCCAGCACCAAAACAACCGGUAUCAACUUUGUCGAGAACUUACCUCAUCCCAGAGAACUUUCAGCAGAGGAACAUUGACCUGAUCAACUCUAUCAAUCAAUACCUGUACAACGAUGAGGCUAAAUUCAGCAAGUUUAGGACUCAGUCGGGGCAGUUCAGACAGGGCCAGAUUUCUGCUGCAGAGUACUACCGGAGUUGUAGAGAACUUCUGGGAGAGAAUUUCAAGAAGAUAUUGAACGAACUGUUAGUUUUGUUGCCGGAUACAGGGAAACAGCAGGAGCUUCUCACUGCUCACAAUGACUUACGGUUACAGGAAAAGCAAGGGUCAAACAAAUCAAAAAAGAACAAGAAAAACGCCUGGCAAACUGGGGUUAAUUCUGAGCUGGACUGUCAGGUUUGCCCGACGUGCCAGCAGGUGCUGACCCCGAAAGACUUUGUCCUUCACAAGACCUUGCAUUUUGAAGAUGACGAGUUUCCAACCCUACAAUCUGUGAGCAGGAUCAUCAGUUAAUUCUCACCAGCCAACGCAGGCCAGACAGAGGAAGACAAUGUACAGUCGCAGACUGGUGGUGCAAGUACAGGGUGUGUGGAUACUAUUUACAGGCAGAUAUUGCUUUGAGGGGAAACCUUGAAAAGUAAAAUAUACUAGUAGUACUUUAGGUCAGAGGAAGGAAAGGGCAUCUGUCAUUUGGCGGAGGAAGCGUUAAUAUGGUACCGAACCUGCUACUAUACUAUUACAGAAAGUAAAGGAUUGUGCAGUCAUUAUACAUUUUUGAAUGUUAUUUUGAGACAUAUAUUCACCAAUUUUUUAAAAAAAUCAGUACUAAGAUAAGUAAUUUAACAUAUUCUUCUACUCCAGCUGUUCAAAAGUGUUGCCAUGUGUCAGUCUGGUUCAGUGGAAGCGCUCUCACCUCUGAGUCAGACCUU